AUGGCUAGGCUUUGUGCUUUCCUGAUGAUCCUGAUCGUGAUGAGCUAUUGUAGAUCAACCUGCUGUCUAGGAUGUGACCUGCCUCAUACUCAUAACCUCAGGAACAAGAGAGCAUUCACACUCCUGGCACAAAUGAGGAGACUCUCCCCUGUCUCCUGCCUGAAGGACAGACAGGACUUUGGAUUCCCCUUGGAGAAGGUGGAUGGCCAGCAGAUCCAGAAGGCUCAAGCUAUCCCUGUCCUGCAAGAGCUAACCCAGCAGAUCCUCAGCCUCUUCACAUCAAAGGAGUCAUUUACUGCUUGGGAUGCAACCCUCCUAGACUCAUUCUGCAAUGACCUCCAGCAGCAGCUGAGUGGUCUGCAAGCCUGUCAGAUGCAGCAAGUGGGGGUGAAGGAAUCUCACCUGGCCCAGGAAGACUCCCUACUGGCUGUGCGGGAAUAUUUCCAUAGGAUCACUGUGUACCUGAGAGAGAAGAAACACAGUCCCUGUGCCUGGGAGGUGGUCAGAGCAGAAGUCUGGAGAGCUCUGUCUUCUUCAGCCAACUUGCUGGCAAGACUAAGAGAAGAGAAGAAAUGAGUCCUGAGCCAAAGUCGACAGGACUUUUCUAGACUAGAACA